GUGUGUUUUGUUUUCUGUAGAGCGACUUCAAGCUCGUCGCGACAAUACCCUGAUUGAAGGAAGCUUAGCCUUCCUAGCUCGCCUGCUCAUCGCGCCAUCCUCAUCUGCACAUAUUCUAUCCUCUGUCGCCUAGGUAUUUGUGAUUUUUUUUUCAUUUUUUUCUUGCGGAUUUUGCAGCAUUUUUGGAGGAAUUUUGAGGAUUUGAGUUUCUAGCUAGGGGAAGAAGGAGGGUUCAUUGCAGCUGGAGGUGGAGCCGCGAAGAAAUGUGUGGCAGUCUUGGGAUCGGGAAAAGCGUGCAGCAUUAUCGUAUACCUUCUAGCGUGUCGGGAUCUUAAGGAUUUGGCAGUGGAUGUUGGGCCCAUUUAGUGGAAGAUUUGUUAUUGGGUUAUUGGGCUUGGAGGAGCUGCGUAUUUUGACUUCUUUCAGGGGAUUGUUUGGUUUGUUGAUUUAGAGUGGAAGCACAUUGGGGACCAGUUGGUUGGUCUCCUGACGUACAUUCUGAAAUCGGGAUCAGUAGGGAUCUCAUGGUUGGUUGGUGUUAAAGGCGGAGUGAAGUAGCACCGAAGACAGAGUAUAGUGGUGGAGAUGGCUACGAAGGAGCAGGACGAAAAAUCCAAGCGAUUGCGGGAGCUUCUUAGCAGCUUUUAUGGCUCCGGCUCACCCGAAUCCGAGUCCCGCCUGGGGCGUCGGGACACUUUGCAGGGAAUCAAUCUUCCCAAUUUUGAUUCCGAUCACUACAUUUCAUCCCUGCUUCGCAAGUCACCUCUAGAUCGCUUGCUGCAACGGCACGUGGAAAUGGCUGCCGAGAUAAAAAAUCUGGAUAGUGAUAUGCAAAUGCUGGUGUAUGAAAACUACAACAAAUUUAUAAGUGCAACUGAUACAAUUCGACGCAUGAAGGAAAAUGUAUCUGGCAUGGAAUCCAAUAUGGAUCAACUUCUUAAUACGGUUACCGUCAUUAGGGGGAAAAGUGAUGGCGUCAAUGCCUCCUUGUGUGAACGUCGUGAACGGAUCGAGGAGCUCAACGGUACUCGAAGUCUCCUUCGGAAAGUCCAAUUCAUUUUUGAUUUACCCCAGCGUCUUCGCAAGUGCAUGAGUGCUGAAAACUAUGCUGCAGCUGUGAAGUACUAUCAAGGUGCUCUUCCCAUCCUAAAGGCAUAUGGCCAAACAUCCUUUCGGACGUGCAAGGAAGAAUCGGACGCAAUUAUUAGCAAUCUUAUCAAACGUCUACAAGCUCAGGUGAUGGAUAGUUCAGCACCGCUUUCAGCACGAGCUCAAGCAGUUUCACUUCUCCAGCAACUCAACUAUCCAGUGGACACAAUGAUGGACACUUUUCUAUCAUUUCAUGGGGAAGACGAGGUGACAGUGAAGUUGGACUUAAAUAAACGGCUUGCUUCUCAACAAGGCCUUAAGGCACUUGACACUUUUGGUUCACGAAAGGAUUUGCUCAACGAAGAAGAAAAGGAUUUCAUCCAAGAGUUCUUAGAGAAAGCAGUCACAUUCCGGGAAUUAUUUCCGAAGGGUGAAAAGCGUCUUUUGCAGGCUUGCCAUGAAUUCUUUGAUGAUUACUUCGAGACUGUUCAGCUUACACUUCAGCCUCCGAGUGGAAAUAUGUCGGCUGCAGAGCUGAAUGCUUCAUUCCGGCAACUAUCAAUGGACGUAUCGAGGAUGAAUGAGUUGGUGCCAGAGGCAAAUCUUCCAGCACGUGCUUCUGAGGCAGUGGAAAGUGCUGUGCGAAAACACGUGAAAGAUCAGUUUCAGAACCUUUACAGUCGCAUGAAAGCUUCUCUGACCGUGGCUGAUACAUCAAAAACACCUGAUUCCAAGGAGUCUCCGAAGACCCUCCAGUAUUUCCUAGACAUCGCACAGAAGACAAUCUCAAACAGCAGUCUUGAAGUCUUGCAGGACCUUAAGGAGCUUUUGGAUGACAGAAAAUUAUAUUUACUUCGUUGGGCAGAUGAAUAUACGGAUCUUGUUCAAGGAGGUUUUCAGGAGCUUUUCACCAAUCUUGUCGAUCAUUUUCUUUUUCUAUGUGUCCGAUCUGUUGAGACUCCGUCAUCAUCAGACAAGUCACAAUCUCUACAGACUGUGACUCCAAGCUUGAUUAUUUUGGCGUCCCUUCUUUCAGUAUACCUCUACCAAACUGCCGUUCCACAAAUUACUGAGACAUUGGGGACUUGGUUUCCUGGCGGGGGUGCUAUGGGAUCUGAUGGACGUCCAGCUUUCGUUCCUUCAGAGAUUUGUCGUUUUUUUCAUACUACUGGAGAGAGACUUCUUCAACAGUAUGUCGAUAUACAAGCUCGCAAGUUGUCCCUCAUAGUUCGGAAGGCUGUGGAUACCCCCAAUUGGCUGAAGUAUAAAGAGCCAAGGGAUGUCCGUAUGUUUGCAGACUUACUCUUGCAAGAGGUAGAGCGGAUUCAAAUAGAGGUAAAGCAAUUACUUCCUCCAGGACCUCGCCGCACGCACCGGCAUUCUGAUAGCUCCGGCAGCAUAGGGUCAACUCGAAGUGCUUCUAUAAGAGAAGAUGGUCAUCGUGUCGCCUCCAGUCGCUCCAAUGCUCGGAGCCAGUUGUUAGAAAGGGAUGUGGCGAGACUGUUUACAGAGAAAGUUGAAAUUUUCACAAAACUUGAAUACAAUCAGCCGUGGGUGAUAUCGACGGUGGUGAAAAUGACUCUUAAAACUUUCGAGGAGUGCGUGCGACUCCAGACUUUCAACCGCGGAGGUUAUCAGCAGAUUCAACUGGAUUGUCACUAUCUCAGAGAACCGCUGCAAAAUUUGGUCGAGAAUGGAACAGUAGUUGAAAUCUUGUUGGAUGAAGUUUGUUCAGCAGCAUCGGAGCGAUGCCAAGACCCAGUGCCCCUAGAGACAGCAAUCUUGGAUAGACUUGUGCAGCAGAAGAAAGCCAAGAUGGAGUCUGCUAAAGAAUGGCCACCCACACUACCAGGUCCUUAAUGGAACUGUAUCGCAACUCAAUGCUCUUCAUUCUCCUCCUUUCUCGCCAACCUUUGGUGCCAUCUGUUGCGGACUGUAAGGUUUUGUGGCGUAGUUUCGCCAGAGUGCCAGCCAUUUGUUGGCAUUCUUGUACAAAAAUGAAGAAAUGAAAGUUUUUACUUAACCUA